UUUCUGGACGGAGUCUACCACAUGGAAUCCAGAACGGGGAACGCAGAGGACCCGAUCGAGUUGGAAGAGAGGGGUGGCGCACCGAGGGNAGACGAUACGCCGGGCAACGGGGAUGAUGCCCCCUCCGAAGAAAUCACACAGGAAGAGGGCGGGUUUCCGCAGAGGCCCAACAAGUGGAUGCACCAGUAUCUCCUGACAUUCUGUUUGAUCGGAAGGCCAUGCAGCAGCGAGGACCCUGACCUCCGAACCGCACGCAAAACAUCCGGACCCAAGGGUCGCGGCGCGUAUGGGGCCAAGGGUCGCGGCGGGAAGCAGAAGGCGAAGAAAGGGUCACCCGGCACCAGCGACGAAAGCGGGUCGGAGGCGAGCGGUGCGUACACCGAGGUUGUCGGCGGCGACACCACCCGGCGCAGGAGCUGCACUCCGUACGUCCGCUUCUAAUCUGCCUGCUGCGGCAACACUCGCAUCUACGGCCGGGGUAGGAGGCAGCCCAGCCCCCAUGUCGUCCUCGCCCGCGGCGGCUACACCCGUGUCCGCGGCGGGGGUAGCUUCCAGCCCUACGCCCGUGUCGUCAUCGCCCGCUACGGCAACGCCUACUUCCUCUGCUGCGGUAGUUGCCCCCGUCGUCUUGGGCGCAACACGGUCUGCAACACGGUCCGCCCUCCCGGGAUUCACCGGGGCGCGGAAGAGGGUUGGUGUUGGUGCGAGAGCGGCACGUCCCGUUGCUAGCGCAGCUGGACACGUGAGAAUUUAGAGAGAGUGUGUGUGUGUGUGGUUUUUUGUAUACGGGCUAUGGCAGCCAUGCUUGUCAUGCCUUCUCCCCCUCUGUCCCCUUGUGCCCAACUUUUAUUGUACAGACGUUGUUUACACCGUCCGACAUGCCUUCUCUUUGGGUGUUUUUUUUUGUGUAGCGGUUGUGUAUUGGUUUUGGCGUACGGGCUAUGGCAGUAACGCUUGUCAUGCCCCCCCCCUCCCCGUUGUUCCCACGUUCUUUGUAAAGACGUCGUUGCACCGUCCGCGUGUCUUUUCUUUGGGUAUUUUCAUUUGCCUUGUAGCGGUUGUUGUUUUUUUUUGGUGUACGGGCUAUGGC